GAAACAGCCGAGCCAUUUUCAGCUUUGAAUAACCACCGCACGCUGCUUGCUGUGUGUGUGUUUGCGAGAGAGAAGAGCUACGAGAGAAAGGGAAGAAGCAAGCUCUCCUGGAUAUUUAUUUUUUUACCGGAGCCCUCUCCUUCCUUUCGCACUCUUACUGCUUGUGAGGGGGGAGGCCCGGGGUGGACACACAAUGGGGCGAGGAGCCUGUGGCUACUGGGCCGUUGUAUUGCUGCUGAGAGGGGGAGGGGGUCGAGCGAAGGAGACCGGCACACACAGCUAACUCAGCCAGCCGGCUCCAGCCAGGCCUCAACAGGCUCAAUCUUACCCUGCUCUCUGGCCCUUUUCUGUUUUUUUGUGGGGGGGUUUAAGGAAUACCCCUCACUUAAACCUGGAUCUAUGGAUUAAUCGUGUGUGGAUUAUUGUUUAUGGAUUUUGUGAAACUGAUUUAUAUUGGAACCUUAAAAAGAACCGAUUUCUCUCUUCCUGUGUUUGUGGGAAAAGGAGAGAAAGGGAGCCAAACUUCUCCUGUUUUCUUUUUUUGCUUUGUGUUGAGGGAAGCUUCUAGAUGGAUUACAAAAUGCAUGCUAAGUCUAACGAUCUGCUGGAUUUUCAGACUCUGGAUGCCCUCUUGGAAAAAAUUGCACAUUAUUCUUCUGUCUCUGUGAAAAGAGAGCCUAGUGAGGAGUGCAAUGGAAUCAUCGGUGCUCUCUCAGUGGAGUCGUCCGCGCCGCCGUCGAGACUAAACAACUGGUCGCCCGCGGCCGCCCCAACCCUUACCCCUGCUCCAGCCCCUGUGCCCGCGCCCCCAGUCACCUCUGCAAGAAUGGGGGACGGCCUGGACGCAACCACAGUGCAGAUGUCUUCGUCGGGCAGCAGUAGUAGCAGCCAGGGGGGGCAGGCCCAGCCAUCCACCUACGUUCCAACCGUGCCAGAGUUUAACCCGCCGCCCCCGGAGUACAUCAACUCAUCGCAGCCCAAGCGGCAGACCAACCAGUUGCAGUACCUGCUGAAGGUGGUGCUGAAGACCCUGUGGAAGCACCACUUCUCCUGGCCCUUCCAGGCACCCGUCGAUGCUGUCAAACUCAACCUGCCGGACUAUUACAAGAUUAUUAAAGUUCCUAUGGAUAUGGGAACAAUCAAGAAGCGACUUGAGAACAGCUACUACUGGAACGCCCAAGAAUGUAUUCAAGAUUUCAACACCAUGUUCACCAACUGCUACAUUUACAACAAGCCUGGAGAUGACAUAGUGCUAAUGGCUGAGCAGCUGGAGAAGAUGUUUCUCCAGAAGAUUACUGAGAUGCCUCAGGACGAGACGGAGAUUGCUGUCAUGACCGGCAAGGGACGAGGCCGGGGCCGACGGGAAGGAGGUCUGAACUUGAAGCCAGGCCCGACUAUGGAUUCUCCGUCCACCACCCCCCAGACACGGGGCUUCUCCAGCCACUCCCCAGGCCCUCAGACCAGAGGACUACCAGUGCAGCAACAGACCCAGGACCAGGGGCCACCAGCUCUACCUCCUCAGCCCCUCAUGCAGGCCCUGCCCUCCCGCGUGCCCCCAACGCUACCUGUCCACACCCAUGCGCCACAGCUGGGGGCCCCCUACUCACUGGGCCCGUCGGAUCUGCCUCUCCAGGCCCCUCCUAAGCUCCCGAUUAUGACCUCUGUGCCUCCUCCACCCACCCAGACCACUCUGCCCCCCACCUCCAUCCAGAGCACUGCCCCCAUACUGCAGAACCCCGUGCCCAUGGCCAAACAGAGAAAGAGCCAGAAGAGGAAAGCAGACACGACCACACCCACGGCCAACGACCAGCUGAGUGAGUCUUCUCCAGCCGAGUCCAAGUCGGGGAAGACGCUGCCGCGACGUGAAAGCGCCAGGCCCACCAAGCUAAUCAAGAAGGAGGCUCCAGACUCCCAGCACCACCUGGGCCUUGGGAUAGGUCUCAGUCUAGGGGGACCCGGAGGACCAGGGGUAGGGGCUCAUAGCCCCAAGCAGCAGGAGCAGCUACGGUACUGCUCCAGCUUGGUCCGAGACAUGUUACAUAAGAAGCACGCGGCCUACGCCUGGCCCUUCUACAAGCCAGUAAACGUGGACAUGCUGGGGCUGCACGACUACCACGACAUUAUCAAACACCCCAUGGACCUUGCCACCGUCAAGUUGAAGCUGGACAACAGGCAGUACAGAGACGCCCAGGAGUUUGCUGCCGACGUGCGGUUAAUGUUCUCUAACUGCUACAAGUACAACCCACCCGACCACGAGGUGGUGGCUAUGGCACGCAGACUACAGGACGUGUUUGAGAUGCGCUUCGCCAAGAUGCCAGAUGAGCCCGAGGAGAUGUUGGUUUCGGCUCCUGCCCCCGUGCUGCUCCAGUCCUCCGCCCCCAUCAUCAAGGCCCAGCCGCCGCCCAUCCUAAACCCUGCCUCUUCCAUCCUAGGUCCUGCCUCCUCGGUCAAACACCCCGCUUCCUCCUCGGACAGCUCCAGUGAUUCGUCUUCUGAGUCGGAAUCCUCCACAAACGACUUGGAGGAGGAGAGAGCCCAGAGACUGGCCGAGCUACAAGAACAGCUCAAAGCUGUCCACGAGCAGCUGGCGGCCCUCUCGCAGCCACAGACCAGCAAACCAAAGAGAAAAGAGAAGGAGAAGAAGAAAGACAAGCACAAAAGGAAAGGAGCGGUGGAGGAGAUCCCGGAGCCGGCCAUUCAGUUCCCCAAGAAGACCAAGAAUAACAGCAGCAGCAACAACAACAAGGAGCUCCUGCCCAAGAAGACCAAGAAACCCAGUAAGAAGGAGGGAGGUGCGGUGAAGAACAACCACUCUGCAGCCCUGGGCCCUCAGGCAGCGCUGCAGCCCCCAGCUCUGCAGCCCGUGUCGGGCUUGGGGGAGGGCCUGGAGGACGACCCGGCUGGAGCCCCCGGGGAGAAUGGUAGGCCCAUGUCGUAUGAGGAGAAGAGGCAGCUGAGUCUGGACAUCAACAAGCUGCCCGGCGACAAGCUGGGUCGUGUGGUCCACAUCAUCCAGUCCAGAGAGCCCUCGCUGAAGAACUCCAACCCCGACGAGAUCGAGAUAGACUUUGAGACGCUCAAGCCGUCCACGCUGAGAGAGCUGGAGAGAUACGUGUCGUCGUGCCUCCGCAAGAACAAGAAGAAGGUUCCUGUGGCAGAGAAGACCAUGGAGGCCAUGACUGCCGCCAAGAUCAAGGCCAGCUCCUCCUCUGACUCCGACAGCAGCGACUCCAGCUCCUCAGACAGUGAUGAGGAGAAGGGAAUCCCUCCUAAACAGAAACAGAAGAAAGGCCACGGGACCAAUGAAGGGAAGAAGCCCCAUCUCCACCAUACCAUGUCUGGAGCUGGGCCCCUCCCCCAGGGCCACCCUCACCCCCAGGGCCACCCUUACCCCCAGGGCCACCCUCACCCCCAGGGCCACCUUCACCCCCAGGGUCCUGUCCUGCAGCCCAGCAUCCACCUGAAGCAACAACAGCACCAUAACCCCUCCCCCGCCACCUACAUGGCCCCUCCCCCGGUAACGGUCACGGCGUUGGAGUCCUCCCAGUUGCUGGAGAACACGUUUGAUUUGCUGCCCCACUUCGGCCAGCAGCCACUCAUGCACCUGUCCCAGCACCACCACUCCUCGUCGCCUGCCUUGCCCCCCCACCUCAACGUUCACUCGGCAGCGGGGCCGGUGUCCCCAGAGACACACCCCUUUCUCAACCAGCACCCCAACCCUAACCCAGCUUUGCACAACGCCUUGCCCCAGCAGCCAUCUCGACCCAGCCACAGGGCAGCAGCUCUACCUCCCAAACCCCCACAGCAGCAGCAACCAGCGACCCAGCCAACCCUACUACUACAACAACAGCUCCAGCCACAAGCCCCUCCACCCCAGCACCACCUCCAGCCCCACAUUCUCCACCCCGCCCCCCCCCAGUCCCUGCAGCAGCGGCCCCUUUCCCCCCCCACCCUCACCCCUCAGGGCCUGAUGUCCUCCCUGCCCCCCCAGAUGCUCCUGGAGGACGAUGAGGAGGUGAUUCCGCCCUUACCCCUCAGCCAGGUGCAUCUCUACCUGCAGCAGCUCCAGCAGGGACAGAGCCAGGGAAGACCUGGCCAACAACCGCACAAUCCCCAGCAGAUCAUGCAGUCUCUCCAGAUUCGCCAACAACAACAGAACCAGGCUCCCCUCCUGCAGUCUGUACAGCCACCCCAGCUCUCAGUCCAGCUUCCCCACCCCGAGUCCAAACCCACCCCCCCCUCGCGCCAGCCCCAGCAGAUCCUACCCCCGCACCAGGUAGCCCGCCACCUGCAGCAGCAUGCACAGAUGGGUUACCCCUCCCAGGGGCCUGGGGCGCAGCAGACGGGUCAGUCAGACAGGCACGCCUCAGCAGGGCAACACAAGGGUUCCAUGCAGUCCUCCGCCAAAGCACAGCAUAUCAUCCAGCAACACCUCUCCCCUCGACAGAUCAAGGCUGAUCCAUACAACAGCGGGCACCUAAGGGAGAACCCCUCCCCCAUCAUGAUGCAUUCCCACCUCCCCCAGUAUCCCCCCAUAACGCACCAGUCUCCGCCACACAACCUGCAGCCCAAGAAAGAGCAGCGUGCGCCCCCGGCCCUGGUAGUCUUGAAAGAAGAGAAGUUGCCUCCCUCUCCAGUGAUGAGAGGAGGAGAGCCUUUCAGCCCAGCCAUGAGACAAGACCCUCACAAACACCUAGAUUGCCACAGCAAGCCCUCUCUACCAGGUCACACACAUCAGAAUGUAAAGUCGAUGGACAGCUCUCGGCCGGUCAUCCGUUCCUCAGAGCCCAGCGGUCCUCCCUCCUCCUCCUCCCUGCCAGACAAGGACAAGUUCAAACAGGAGCCCAAAAUGCCCGUCGCGCCCAAAAAGGUACAGGAUGUGAAACUGAAGAACAUGGGUUCGUGGGCCAGCCUGGCCCAGAAGCCCACGUCAGCACCCUUGUCUGCAGUGAAGUCGUCUAGCGACAGCUUCGAGCAGUUCCGCCGGGCCGCCCGGGAGAAAGAGGAGAGAGAAAAGGCUCUUAAGGCCCAGGCAGAGCAGGCUGAGAGGGACAAACUGCGCCGGGAGCAGGAGAAACUACGUGGUCGUGACAGGGAUGAUGAGGAUAUCCUGGAGCCUCAGCAGCAGUCGAGGAGGGUUCAUGAGGAGCCUCGAAGCAGACGUCUGGAGCAGCAGCAACACAUCCAGGCCCCCAACCAGCAGCAACCCCAGGCACCAGCCCCCCAGGCCCAGCCCGCUGCCCUCCCCCAGCCCCCACAGGCCCCCACGCCGCCCCAGCCCUCAGCCCAGGACCAGCAGAGGGAGCUUGCGCGACGCCGCGAGCAGGAGAGGAGGAGGAGAGAAGCGAUGGCGGCAACCAUUGACAUGAAUUUCCAAAGCGACCUGAUGGCUAUCUUUGAGGAGAACUUGUUCUGAUGACGAGAGAACCCCCAGAAACUUAAAACUGCAAAAAGAACACAUUAUGGAAUGGAACAUUUCUUAUGAAAUGGAAUCUUUUGUAUGACAUCAAAGAUGGUGGGGGGGGGGGGUAAAUGAACCAAGAUACAGGACGUGAAUUAAACAAUCCCCCCGCAGAGCAGAGAGGGUGAUCUUCAGCUGGACUGGCCCAGACUGGCAAGAUGCUACUGGGCUGUUACCUGCUCUGCUAUGCAGCCUCUUUGGAAGUAAGGUGCCACAUUGAAGGAGCAACAUAAACAGGAUAUUUUCAACCACGUUUGGUGUCGUUUCUCUGGGGAUUUGACCCUUGUUGUUGCUCCUGGCAACAAGACAUGAGGGAAAGGACUCCUGGUGGUCAUGUAAUGUCACACCUGUUUGAUACUUUCACAUGGGACAGAGCAAAGGAGAACAAUGUUGUAAAUGGAAGUUAAAGAUGAUAACAGAAAAACACAGUAACGGUGACAUGCUCUGAGAAACAAAGUACUGAUGCGUAUGUACAUACCGAGACCGAGGCGCUCAUAUAGACUGCCAAGACAGACGUCUUUCUGAUAAGAGGAGAGGCAGAAUAAGUAUUUUUAUGUGAUCUGCUUUUCGUUUUGUUAUAGAAAGAACACAUGAAAGGAAAUGGUGGGGACGUGUGUGUGUAUAGAGGGGGAGCGAAUUUAACUUCGGACAUGUAUUUUUUGUCAGGAGAGGAGGUACAGUACAGCUUUGCCUUCUCCCUCACUCCUGUCCAUUGUCCACACACACACACAGACAGUACAUAGGCCUAUCUCUCCCUUGCCUGGGCAUACGAACAAAUCAGUAACAACAAAGUAUGGGACAGUCUGCCGGCAGCGGGAGGGGGAAAGCGGAUUUCUUUUUUCAUUAUGUAGGAUCUACUGUAAAGAGGUAUUUUCUUAUUCUAUGAUUACUGUUUAUUUGUUUGUUUUUAUAUAUAUAUAUAUAUUUUGUUUUUACCCCUCCCUCCCCAACACACUUCCCCCACCGUCUAUGCCAAACAACCAUUACCUUUUUAAUUUUUAAUGCUGAACUCCUCUCACUUCUAAUUUUUGUUUAUGCUUCUUUGUUCAAAUAAAGUGUUUGUUUUUUUUAAUAUAUAAAUAGAUUUUUUUCCCCUUGUCCUCUUCACCCCUCUUCAAACAAAGCAUUUAGGUAGUUGUUUUAAGAGGAUAAAACCUAAUAUAUGCAUUAUUCCAUCAAGUGUUAAUUAAUUAAAGAACCAUUUGAAGUUGUCAUAUUUCAUGUUUUCUUCCUCAUCUAAAGCUGGAGCAAAACAUUCUGAUCAGUACUAGAGGCAAGAGGCUCAGUCCCAAAUGGCACCUGAUUCCCUACAUAGUGCACUAAACAGAGAAUAGGCUCCCAUUUGGGAUGAAGUCAGAGUCCAGUUGUUUCUAGAGCUAUGUCUUGGUUGGUUUGACUCAAGUUGAGUUCACCAUCACUGUAACACCUUAUUGUGUAUUAUUGCUCUUAGAGACAGCUAGGAAAGUAGUCAUUAAUUAAUGGCAUUUUCCUCUUUGGAGCUGAUUCACAAACUAUUGAACCAGAGAAUCCAAUAACUAUUACUGAACUGUUUGAUUUUUAAACUGUGUUUGAUUCCUCCCUGUUCCUUGCUUGUAUAUUAUCCUGGAAUUUGCAUAGUUAAAAUGAAAAUGUUACUUUAUCCACACUAGCAUACUACUUAAAAAAAAAAAGCAAUGUAUUGGUCAUGCAAUAUAAGUGGUGUGCUGGUAUGGUUAUUAGAACAUAUCCAAAGGGUUCUAAUCUGGUAGUGAGCCCGCCACUCUACUAUGUCAUUUGGGGACAAGGAAUGGGAUAAGAGGCAAACCUCAAAACAUAAUUAGUUCUAACAGCAACUUUAUUGGGCUCUUAUAAGAACAGAUGAGACACUACUCAUCGAUGUAGUUCCAUGAUGCAGCCAGGAUGCAGCAUUACUUUUGACCAGGUUACUGUAGUGUACUAUAUAGGAAAUAGGGUGCCGUUUGGGAUGUACCUCCACCCUCCAGACUUUACUAAUACAGAGACUAAAAGAGAGCUCCACCUCCUGGCUAGUCUGUGCGUGAGUCUUGCUGUUAAUAUUAUGACUACAAUUUUGAGGGAAACUUUUAGCUGUACAAAUUUGAGAAAUAAGGAAAUUGCAUAAAAUUUGACGACAUAUGUUCUAGAAAACCCUACAAAAACAGCUCUGAUUUCUGUAAUUUUUCUUGUUCGAUUCUAGUGGAUACAUGUGAGUUCUAAUUCUGUUGGCGUCACAGGUCGAGGGUCACGACGAGAUGACCUCUGACCCGGUCCUCUGUGUUUUCUCUUAUGGUGUAAUUCUCCAGUGCCUGUAUUGUUCUAGGAUUCUAGUUGGCAUAUAUUACACUUGGGGUAGAUACGGAAGGGGAGGUGUAAUAUUUGAUGGGGAGGGAGAUUUAGGAUAUGCUUGUGUAAAAAGUAAAAGUCAGCAUUUUAUAUUUGACCCAAUUAACGAUAUUCAGGUUUAAAUCUAGUUUUAGCUGGACUUCUGUGGUAUGAGUGUACACUUGACUCAACUACUUUAUAAUUUUCAAUCAGUACACUUUUAAGUAGACAUGUCUCUGUGCCGCGCCACUUUAGCAUUUGUGUGUCAGAAUGUUUGUGUGGAUGAGUGUGUAUGUAUGAUUUUAGUAUGUGGCGCAGGGACGCAUGUGCCCCUUUGUAGAAAAGCAUUUUAAACGGGGAUGAAGAUUAAUAUACAAAAUGCUACAAGAGAACGAGUUUCUUGGCUAAAGUCAGUCAUUUUGAUGAAUUCCACCAUAUAUGAAUAGCCUACAUAUAAUUUUGUUUUGUUAGACAAGUUGUGAAAAAGUCAAAUACUUUUUCAUUCCUUCAAGCCUUUUAUUAAUUCCUUAAUUUUAUCCCCAUGGUAACUGAUGGAAGUUAUGUGCCAUAGAUAUGGAUUCUUCAGAAUGUGCUCAGCAGAGUUUGCUUUAUUCAGGUAUUUUAUUUUGUGUUACAUUUUUGGUCUUGUUUUUGGGGGGGGGGGUUUGUGUAUCAUUUUCCUUGAUUUAUUGUUUGGUAUGUGAGUGGUCUGUCGGUCAAUGAUUAAAUCUGUUAUGAUCAUGGAGUAAACUCAUCUCUUUUAUAGAAAAUAAAAAAUAAACAAUG